AUGGCCGCGGAGGCCGCGGUGCGCAAGGCGGCGCGGGUGCAGGAGGCGCCUCCCCAGCACAAGCAGAUCUCUCACACAAAGCUUUCUGUGGAUGAUGAGUGGAACUUGCAGCAGGAGAGGAUGUACAAGAUGCACCGGGGCCAUGAGUCCAUGCACGUGGAGAUGAUCUUGAUCUUCCUCUGCACCCUGGUCAUCGCCCAGAUAGUGCUGGUACAGUGGAAACGGAGGCAUGGCCGGUCCUACAACCUGGUGACACUGUUGCAGAUGUGGGUUGUCCCUCUCUAUUUCACGAUAAAGCUUUACUGGUGGCGGUUUCUGUCUAUGUGGGGAAUGUUCUCCGUUAUUACCAGUUACAUCCUCUUCAAAGCUACCCGAAAACCGCUCUCAGGGAGAACACCAAGAUUGGUCUACAAAUGGUUUCUUCUAAUCUACAAACUCAGCUAUGCAUUUGGUGUUGUGGGUUAUUUGGCUAUCAUGUUUACAAUGUGUGGAUUCAAUUUAUUUUUCAGAAUCAAGGCUAGAGAUUCCAUGGAUUUUGGCAUCGUAUCCUUGUUCUAUGGCCUCUACUAUGGUGUAAUGGGGAGAGACUUUGCAGAGAUCUGUUCGGAUUACAUGGCCUCUACGAUAGGGUUCUACAGCAUCAGUGGGAUGCCCACGAGGAGCUUGUCAGACAACGUCUGUGCCGUCUGUGGGCAGAUCAUUGUGCAGCUCGAUGAAGAAGGGCUCACUGAGAACACCUACCAGCUCUCAUGCAAUCAUGUCUUUCACGAAUUCUGCAUCCGAGGUUGGUGUAUAGUUGGUAAAAAGCAGACUUGCCCUUACUGCAAAGAGAAGGUUGAUUUGAAGAGGAUGAUCAGUAACCCCUGGGAGCGCACACACUUUCUGUAUGGACAAAUCCUUGAUUGGCUUCGUUAUUUGGUGGCCUGGCAACCCGUGGUGAUUGGAAUAGUUCAAGGCAUUAAUUACUCACUAGGGCUGGAAUAA